UCCAAAAACUCACGGUAUGCGGUCUCUUGUAUUUUUAGUUAAUUUACGGUGAAUGUUGUUUCAGUCAAACAAACGAGUGUAAAAAAUGGACGGAGAAAAAGAAACUAUUACUGAUAAUUUUUUAAGUGCUUCAGAGCUAUUGGAAGUUAAAGGUGUUGGGAACAUUGCUUGGGAAGAUUUGCAGCAGUCAGAAGUAUCUCUGCCCAAAAUUGGCAAAAAGUAUUUUGAACCAAAUGGAUCAUGGCUGGAAGCAAUGCAAUUGGACAAUGGUUUGAGAAACCGUAAACGUGUUGUAGAAAUCGAGAAGGUUGAGAGGCAUUCACAAUUGGCAUUGGCUGAAUGGUUGCCUGGAAUUCAGAAAGCCAGGGUCACAAAAAAGUCAGGCCAGAAGUGGGAAAAUUUUGGAUAUGAAGAAAAAGCACAACUUUACCUGCUACCUGAGGAAGCUUUAUUGUUAUUAGAAAUGGGCUCCUUGGAACUUACAUGGAAUGGAAUGCCACUUUCUAUUCAACAAGCUUUUGCAGUACUUAUUAAUGUUGAGCAUUCAAAGUGUACAUUAGAUGAAUAUAGAGUAUAUUCACAACUAGUCAGGCGAGGUUAUAGACUGCAGAGAAUUAAGGAAAAACCAUUCAUGGAUAAUAGGUCGUCUAAUGUAGUUAAAAGAAUAAUUACAAAUAUGGAUGGUUUGUGGACUCCAAAUACCUCUCCAACCGAGGACAAAGACACGUCAGGCAGUAAUGGUUUCACGUCAAAAUCCGGUAAUGAACAGGAAGAGAGCGCAAAUUCGAGUAUAAUGGAUAAAGAAGAAAAUGGUGGAUCUCCAAAGAAACUUGGGAUCAUUUCGGAUGAAACAAUACUAGGUAGCAUUAAAAUUGUUAAAGACCAACCACCACCUGACAAUCAAUCCCCAAAGUGGCCGGGAACUCGGAUCCAGCGCAAUGUUAAGUUGAUGCCGAAAAGAAGUGAUAUAGUAGGUAGUACAAAUAAUUUGAAUGCUGACCCGACGAACCACACUUCAACAGAUAGUGUGCCGGAGAAACGUAAAAAUUCUGAACCUCCACCUGCUGCCGAACUACCUUCUGAAAAAAAAUCUAGACCUGAGGUGAUCGAAUUAUUAUCAGAUGACGAAAUCGAAGUCAUUCCUCGACCAAUGACGCGAAUGGAAAUCCUCAAUACCCUUCCGAAUCUAGCGGAUUCCAGAGAUGAUUCAUUAGUAGUCGAAGUACAUCGAGAGUAUUUACCUCCAGGCGUGAAGCCAUUCAAAGAAUUUUAUCGUUUCAAUCGUAAGCGGCUAUUGCACAUGUCCGAAAUUGAUCAGCAGUUGCAGCGAAAAAGUGCUCGAUCAAACAGCACUAAUAGUAGCAGGAAUCAAAACAAUGGCGCUGACACCAACAGUCCGAGUCAUUUUUACUCGCAGCCCAAUCAGUUCCAGGCAACUACGAUAACCCACUUUGGUGAUUUGAACAAUGGUUUUGCCUAUCGGAGCAGUAUUGGGUGCCAGCGUCAGGUCGGUCCUCGUUCCUAUAACUAUCAGCAACAAAAUGUCUCGUUUCACAAUUCAUCGUUCAUGGGUGGUGCGGUCGUACAAAGUAAUUAUGUUAAUUUUGUGAUGGACGUGAUGGGCAGUAUGGUGCGCUCAUCUAUGAUCCGUCAGCAACAGUUCCAAGGCACAACUUUCUGUCAAAACCUUCAAAUAAUUCAGCAAUCGUCGACUCCGCGCUUUCCUUUCUCACAGCAAAAUAGAUUUCAGCCCUAUUCAGCGUACAAUUCGUUUUAUGGACAUUCUAUGAAUAAUCAGUAUUACAACAGACGAAGUAGUUAUCACGCGGCAAGUUUUCAAAGAGGACGAGGUGGUUACCGAAAUAAUUAUAACAAUAGUAAUGGUAGCAAUAAUACAGAAUUACAACGGUCUAUGAAGCAAGAGGAAGCAGUGUACCAGUCGUCUUUUACAAAAUUACUAGGAGUCGAGUCGUGGUCAGAGUUGAAAAAAAAGUGGCGCGACGAAAGCACAAUAACGAUCGAGGACGAGGAGCCGGCAAAUCUAAACGACUCAAUGGAUGGUAGUGAUAUCCAAGUUGUCGAGACGGUUAAGCCGCUGGUGGACUCCAAAGGUAUAUCCAGCAUGUUGGAAGUGUACGAUAGACUAAGAAUCAUUAAAUCAGCUAGUGAUAGGACUGUGAGGUCGCGCAAAAUUGAUUACCAUCUUUCGUAUGAUGUUUACUCUGCCAAUCAACAUUAUAAGAAAUCGACACCUGGUACGCCAAUAUGCCGAUUGUUUGUUAUAAGCUCGAAAAAGGAUGCAUGCCUUGACGCCAGUAAAUUGCAAAGGCUGCAGCAAGAGUCAAAAGAAGUUCCAGUUGUUGUGGCUUUUGUGUCACAAUCUUGUAUUUCAUACGUUCAAGCUGGCGUUGCGUUAUUGCCAAAUUUAUCAUAAAUAUUUGUUAAUAGAUUAUUUGUAGGACAUAGAUCGACUAUUGCGUUUGUUUUUCCACUCAACAGUGUUUUUGUAGAAAAAAUAAUUUUUUUACAAACUUUGUAAUUAGUCUGUAUUGUAAGAUGCGAACGAAUUAGUGACUUUGCAACGCUUUAAAAGAUUUUAUUUACGCUCGGUGGAUUGAUUGAUUGACGUAAAGUAGCUAGCAAUCGUAACUUUUCAGAAAAAAAAAAAAAAAAUCGUGUAGAAAACAAGCAUCACAAAACAAGAUAUUAUUUUAUAAAAAUCAUAACUGUUUUUUUAGCA